AUGGGGGCCCCUAAGGAGCAGCAGCAUGCAGCUCCCAGGUUGCCUAUUGCUGCUCAGCAGCUCGAGGGGGCCCUCAAGGGUCAAGACCUUUGCAUUUUGCUGCCUCGGGGGUCAGCUGAGGCUGAGGCCCUCUCCGAAACCCUCAGGGGGGCCCCCCUUGGGGGCCCCCCCAGGCCAGCAGAGGCUGAGGCCCUCUCAGAAACCCUCAGUGGGGCCCUCCUGGGGGGCCCCCUGAAGGGGCCCUCCUUGGGGGGCCCCCCAGAGAGGGGGCCCCCCUUGGGGGCCCCCGGGGGCCCCCUGCAAGCCUCUUGGGGGGGCCCCCCGGGGGGCCCCUCCUGUCUCGCCGAGGGCCCGAGGAGCAGCAGCAGCUGCUCGGGGGCCCCCGCGGCUGCAGCAGCAGCAGACUGGGGGGCCCCCAGCAGCCAACUUGGGGGGCCCCCGGGGGCCCCCAAAGAACCUGGAAAUGAGGGGGCCCCCAAGGGGCCCCUGUGGGUCUCGCGGCUGCCAGCCGACAGCCCUGAAGCUGCUGCGCUGCUGCAGCAGCUGCUGCUGUCUCAGCAGCAGCAGCAGCAGCACCCCGCGAGGCCCCCAGUGCUGUUCCUCACCCCCAGAAGGACCAAACACAAAACAGCAGCAGCAGCAGCAGCAGCAGCAGCAGCAGCAGCAGCAACGAGCGCAGCAGCAACAGCAGGUGCAAGAGCACCCGAAGCCGCAGGACCCGCUGCAGAGGCAGCAGCAGCAACCGAAACACAAGCAGCAGCAGCAGCAGCAGCAGCAGCAGCAGCAGCAGCAGCAGGGACUGUGAGGGGGCCCCUGGGACUGGAGUGGCAGUGCAGCAAAAUAGAAGAGUUGGGGGCCCCUGUUGUUUGGGGGCCCCUGCUGGCCCCUCCCUCAUUUGCUGCUUGGGCAAAGCUGCAGCCGCAGAAGCUGCAUCUUCUUGUGGCUAGCUUGGCUGCUGCUGCUGCUCCUGCUGCUGCUGCUGCUGCUCCUGCUGCUGCUGCUGCUGCUCCUGCUGCUGCUGCUGCUGCACCCAGGGAGGCCUCCUCGGGGGCCCCGCCAGACGGCCGGGCGGCGGCGAACGGCGGGGUGCCGACUGCAGCAGCAGCAAAAUCAGCAGCAGCAGCAGCAGCAGCAGCAGCAGCAAGUGCGGAAGCAGCAGCAGCAGGCGCUGCUGCUGCUGCUGCUGCUGCUGCUGCUGGGCGUAGCGCGCUGGGCAGGCCGCUGGGCGAGUUCACUUUGCUGUCGCCUUUUGUGUCUCUUCCUGCAGCAGCAGCAGCAGCAGCACUCACCCACAGGGGGGCCCCCCUUGCUGCUGCUAGGGGGGCCCCCCUAGCAGCAGGGCCCCGCAAGGCUCUUGAGAAAGCCUUGGGAAUGAAACUCUCGAAGCACAUGCUCCUCAAGACCCUCGCGGAAGUGAGGGUUUAG